AACAACACAAGAAAUGCAGCGUAUGAGACUCCACCACAUGCUCUCUCCAGCACCGCACUGCCUCACAAUCAAGUCCUUUUCUUCUUCGCAACAUCACUCACCAUGGUCUGGUCUCGAAACUUGGAGGAAUAGCCCCCUCAAUGACAACCGUUGCUGGGGACCCAAGGGCCCCCAAACUCACCCCUCUUCCCUUCACCCUGACGCUCCAAUGCUGCCGUCAUCCGCUUCCUCUCUCGCCGAGCUUGGUGCUCUCGUUCUCUCCACCCCUGACCCCCUCGCCAAGUCCCACCUCUCCCACCUCGCUUUCUCCACGUGGCGCCAACGCAACCUCCCACUUGGCUCAUGCCCACCCCCUCCUCGUCCCGCCCGCCCUCUUAAACCCCAACUGGUGCAUCCGAAAGAAAUUCCGGCUCCCAAGAACUCGGGAUUGCCGCUGAAUGCGUAUAUGCUACAUAAUCUGGCCCAUGUGGAGCUCAAUGCUAUUGAUUUAGCGUGGGACACUGUUGUCCGUUUUUCUCCAUUUAGUGACAUUCUAGGAGAAGGGUUUUUCGCUGACUUUGCUCAUGUUGCCGACGAUGAGAGCCGCCAUUUUGCUUGGUGUUCUCAGAGGCUUGCCGAACUUGGUUUCAAGUAUGGAGAUAUGCCUGCUCAUAAUCUGCUCUGGAGGGAGUGUGAGAAGUCAUCUGACAAUGUUGCUGCACGUUUGGCUGUCAUUCCUCUGGUCCAGGAGGCCAGAGGACUGGAUGCCGGACCACGGCUUGUGCAAAAAUUGGUUGGGUUUGGAGAUCUCAGGACAUCUGAAAUCGUUGCUAGGAUUGCUGAUGAAGAAGUGACACAUGUAGCUGUUGGUGUCCACUGGUUUGUCAGUGUCUGUCAGAAAUUAGGUUGCGCCCCAUCUUCUGCAUUUAAAGACUUGUUAGAAGAGUAUAACGUUGAGUUGAAAGGGCCCUUCAAUUAUUCAGCUCGUGAUGAAGCUGGCAUUCCUCGUGAUUGGUAUGAUUUAUCUACAAAUAACAAGGACAUGAAAAGGGAUAACAGUGAGAAGCUUUCUGAGGUGUAUGAGAGGUUGGCUUCCAUAAUUUCCAUGGAGAAUGAGAACUCGAGUUUGAACAGGCGUUAGUAGUUUUAUAUCAACAAUUGUUCUCUUCUCCAAGGUUAAUAUAUAAAAUGAUAUGAAGCUUAUCCUUCCGGAUGGUUGCACACUGAAACAGAAUUCAUGAAGGAUAUGCAAUCUCUAUAUGAAUUUGUAUAUGAACGAAUCUUGAAGUUUUCUCUUUUCCUAUGGAGAUUUCUGGCUGUAAAAUUUGGUGUAUCAGCUGUCAGUUGACUAAAAUGAUUGAGCUCAUGAAUGAG